AGAGAAAAGAAAAUAAGAAUAGCCCAGCCAGCAGCACGACCUGCCUCCAAUCCUGCAGCGCGCCGCCGCCUCCUGCCCGCCCCGCCUCACGGCGCGCCGCCGGCCACCCCCUCCGCCUAGCGCCGCCACCGCCUACCCACCUCCCAUCUUGAUCCCCGAGCGCCCGACCCGGCCGUCGUUCGUCGCCAGCACCUGCGGAUCCGGCUGCCCCUCGCCUUCCCCGUCUGCUGCACCUCCCAGCGCCGCCACCCCACCCCUGCCAUGCUCUGCCGCCUGGAUCCACAUCCCCACGACCGGAACGAGUCCUCCUCGAGGAGCCGCGCAUCCUCUGCCUGCUCCAACGCUGCACACAUCCUCUGCUUGGUUGACUCCCACCGCCUACGACCGUCGCUGCCGUCAGAUCAGGAACAUGCAGGUUUGUAUUGUUUCCCGUGUAUGUUGGUCAUGCAUCGGAUGUCACUCGGUUUCUAGGAAUUUCAAGAUGGCAUCAAAGAAACCAACAAACAAGGAGAGAAAACUUAAACAAGAGAGAUGUAUGAGGAUGCCGGUGUCUCAUCAAACAUGUAUUUGUGUGAGGACACCCUUCGUCCGACCUAAUCUUGACGAUCAUCCGCAGCAGCACUUCAAAACUCCCAGGUUGUUUUCAUCAGCAAGCUUACAGCUGACCACAUGGUGGAACUCGAUAAUACAACACUAUACGAUGCACCUGAGAUUCCAAUGGAUACCUGUCAAAGCGAUGUGGUCAUCAGCAUGUAUGCUCUCAAUCUCCUGGAUGCAGAAUGAUUCUUCAAUUUGGGGUGCCAACUAUGCUAGCUUUAUAUUGCUGAAGUAGGAGCUUAUUUUUUUUCUUGUUAUAUUAGUUAUUCAAUGAUAUUGGGCAGGGAAUCUGAAUGAACUAUUCUUUCUGAUUCCUGGAGUUACAUGUGUGAUUGCUUAGACUCUUCUAAUUCUGUCAUAGUCUGGUUGGUUGCUUGGCUGAAAUAGUUUCUUACGGGCCUCCUUCUGGACCUGUUCCCACUUAUAUAGAAUAUAUUUUCCACUGGUUUCGUCAAACAAAAAAGUCAUAGACAUUAAAUAUUUAAAUGUCACGCCCUACUCUCCACCCGAUCAGGCAGGAGAGCAUGCGGACAGCAAGGCACCAGAGGUGCAGCCGCGUGAGGAGGAAGAUCAGGGCCCACAGGCAGAGAGCAUGGAAAAGUCCUUGGUAGGUUAGUGUCUAUGUCAGGUGGGGCCUGUUCCAGAGAGUGCUAUAAGUGUGGGCGACAACAGAGACUGGGUCAUGUCUUGUAAUUGAAUAUUCAGAUUUCUCCAUCUAUCUAUUUUCUCCGGUUCCUCCCCCUUUCUUCUUCCUCAAGCUCAUCCCCUCUCUGAUUUCCUCUCCUCCCCUCUGUUCGAUCCGUGAGGGUCGUUACAACUUGGUAUCAGAGACUGGUUCCGAUCCGCCACUGCGCCUCAAUCCCUCGAUCCGUCCGUAAAAUCCACUGCAAAAGGUGUUGGGUUGCUCCGGCGAUCCGACGCAAAAUCCUGAGCGGGGUAGGCUUGAUUUGGGGCGGCAGCGACGGCGCCGUCUUCGACUCCGUCUGCGCAGACCAAGUUCGUGCUCCAAGCCAUGGAGGGCGUGCAGAAAACUCUGGAGGAAUUACUGACGAAAUUUUCGUCGCUGUCGACCGAAGUCCAGCAGCUGAGUACUCAGGUGGCCGAUUUCGGCGAGGGGUUGGAUGCGGUCAAGCGUACCCAGGCCAUGGAGGCGGCGGUGCGGACGGCUCCUUCAUCCUCCACCACACACCCCGCGGCAGUGUUGGUCAACAAGGGACCCCCACUCCUCCACGUUCCACCACGGCCACCACCGCCGCCUGUUCGUCGCGACGCACACCCGGACCGCCAGGCCUCACCACCACGGUCCCCGCGCGACACCUACCGUCACAAGCCGCCGAAGCAUGAUUUUCCCCGGUUCAGCGGCGACGCCCCGCGCCUCUGGUUUGACCUCUGCCACACCUAUUUUCAGCUCUAUCAAACGCCACCAGAGCACUGGGUUUCUACAGCUGUGUUGUAUAUGGACGGCCAUGCCGCGCUAUGGUGUCAGGCGUACAAGCGUCUGCAUGGUCUGGGUGAUUGGUUUUCAUUCAUGGAGGCAGUGCAGACUGAAUUUGGGCAGGAUGAGUUUGACGGCUUGCUGCAUCGUUUGCAUCACCUCAAGCAGACUUCUACUGUCGCUGAGUACAGGCUCUCGUUUGAGGCUAUUAUGUAUCAUCUCAUUGCGCUGGAUCCGUCCUUGAAUCAGAAAUUUUUUGUCUCUCAGUUUAUCAUCGGUCUCCGGGAUGAGGUCCGCACAGGAGUGCGCCAGCACGCGCCGACGAGCGUUUCCAGAGCAGCGGCACUUGCCCGGAUUCAGGAGGAAGAAUCUGAACACAGCAAGCCGCGGGGUCACCCACCGGUGUAUACUCGCGCCAUCCCUCCACCGCCGGUGCCUGCAAUGGCUCCUGGACCAGUACAGCCACGCAUCGAUGGUGCUAAGCGCGGCCCGGAUGAUUUUGGCCGCGAACGGCAACUGCGUGAAUUCAGACGCGCCAAUGGAUUGUGUUUCAAGUGCGGUGACAAGUAUUCCAGAGAACAUAAAUGCAACAGGGUUGGUCAGCUCCUAACCAUUGAAGUGGGCGAUCAUGGUGAACUUUUGUCUGAUGAUGCCAUCCGUGCGCUUGAGUUGCUUGAUGACAAUCCAGAAGAAGCUGCAGCUUGCUAUCAAAUUUCAGUCCAUGCGGUAGCAGGAACAGAAUCGUCAGGUACCAUGAGGCUACGAGCAUUGGUUGGCAACCAGGUAAUGCUAUUGUUGGUAGAUUCUGGCAGCACGCAUACAUUCGUGAAUUCCACGUUUGCGUCGCGAGCCGGUUGCACGGUGCAGGAAGCAGAACCGGUGACAGUGCGUGUGGCUAAUGGCGAAACACUGAAAUCCACACAGCAGGUCUCUCAAUUGAAGUGGUGGUGUCAGGGACAUACUUUCAGCACUGAUAUGAGAUUGUUGGAUUUAGGGGCAUAUGAUGCUGUCCUUGGAGUUGAUUGGCUGGCCCAAUUCAGCCCCAUGAAUUGCCAUUGGGGACCGAAGACCAUGGAGUUCCGCUAUGGCCUGACAAAUAUUCAGUUGCAAGGGGUACGGGCACCUGGGGAGCCAACACUGACUGAAAUACGAGCAGAGCAACUGUCGAAGUGGAUUCAGGGCAAUGAGGUUUGGGCUUUGGCAGUUAUCCAGCCUGCAGAUUCUGUUACAAACAACACCAAGCCACUGCCACUACCUUUGCAAGCUCUACUAGAGGAGUUUGCUGAUGUAUUUCAGGAACCUACCACACUACCACCACAUAGAUCGUUUGAUCAUGCUAUACACUUGGAACCCGGCGCCACUCCUCCCAAUGUUCGGCCGUAUCGAUAUUCUCCUCUUCAGAAGGACGAGAUUGAGCGUCAGGUGACUGAAAUGUUAAAAGCUGGGUUGAUCACCAAUAGUAUUAGUCCAUUUGUUGCUCCUGUCCUGCUAGUCAAGAAGAAGGAUGACACAUGGCGUUUCUGUGUCGAUUAUCGCCGACUGAAUGAUAUCACAAUUAAGAAUAAGUUUCCCUUACCAGUGAUUGAUGAACUGCUAGACGAGUUGGCGGGAGCUCGCUUCUUUUCUAAAUUGGACUUACGAUCGGGUUAUCAUCAAAUCAGGAUGCGCCCAGAGGAUGAAGCCAAGACAGCAUUUAAAACCCAUCACGGCCAUUUUCAGUUCCGAGUAAUGCCGUUUGGUGUCACAAAUGGGCCACCUACAUUUCAGUGUUUGAUGAAUUCUGUCUUGGCACCUGGUACCAGGAAGUAUGUCAUAGCAUUUUUGGAUGACAUCUUGACAUACAGUGAGUCGUUUGAUGAGCACCUGCAACAUUUGAGACUGGUUCUUACCACACUUCGGCAGCAUCAGUUAUAUGCCAAAUUUUCAAAGUGCACUUUUGCCCAGUCUUCCAUCAAUUACUUGGGCCAUGUGAUUUCAGCAGAAGGGGUUGCAACAGAAUCUGACAAAACAGAGGCGAUCCAAAACUGGCCACAACCUUCUUCACAAACAGAACUGCGAGCAUUUUUGGGCCUGACGGGAUACUAUCGCAAGUUUGUCAGGAAUUACAGUAUAAUCACAAAACCCCUGACAACUCUUUUGAGCAAGAAAGGUUUUGUUUGGUCUGUUGAAGCCACUGAGGCCUUCCUGAAACUGAAACAAGUGAUGACUACUACACCAGUGCUCGCUUUACCAAAUUUCUCACUCCCAUUCACUGUAGAGACGGAUGCUUGUGACACUGGGAUCGGGGCUGUUCUCUCGCAGCAAGGUCACCCAAUUGCGUUUCUCAGUCGCGCGCUCGGGGUCAAUAACAAGAAGUUGUCGGUGUAUGAAAAAGAGUUUCUCGCAGUGAUGAUGGCGAUCGACCGUUGGCGACCAUAUCUUCAGCGAGGUCAAUUCACCAUAUUAACGGAUCACAAAAGUCUCUGUACACUAGGGGAACAACAUCUGGGCUCGGAGCUUCAACGGAAAGCAAUGGCAAAACUAGGAGGUCUUCAGUUUAAGUUCAAAUAUCGCAAGGGCAUCGAUAACACGGCCGCAGAUUCUUUGUCACGUGUUGGGCAGCCACAUCAACGUGUCAGCCUUCAUGGAUUCAGGAAGUGUGCAAUUCUUACCGCACUGACGCCAAGGCAACGGAGCUUUUGCAGGCAUUGA